CAUUACUUUAUCUCUCAGAUAUCAAAACCAAUGUUUCAUUCGUAUAAAACACUGAAAUGUUAUUAUACAGUAAGAGCUUAAAAGAAAUUUGAUAAAAAUAAUUGUAAUCAAGAGGGAGCACUUAAAAAUAACGACACUAGCGAACCUAUAAGUUCUUAAGGGUGCGAUUGAAAUCUAGUUUUUUGUAAUAGUGGUCUGUCUGGUCAAUCUUUAUAUUUGUAAUAAAUCAUUUAUACGUAUUCCCAAUAUACCUAUUUCAUGCAGAUUGAAUAUAAACGAAUUUUAUCUAUGAACAUUAAUAAACACAGGUGAAUGCAACGUGUGUGUAACUGCAUGCAGGUGUUGCAUGCGGAAAGAUAAGCAUACGUAAACUGACCUGCUGUUACACUAAUAAUAUAUAUCAAUAUAGAAAAAUUCUUUUAAACGAUGAAGAGAAUAAUAUAAUAAAUAAAUUAUACGACUAACACGUAUUGUAUCUAUUCGCAAACAUUAUUGAUUUAGCAUUGUUUCUUAAGACUUUAAAGUAUUUUUGUUAGCAAAAAAGGAACGUAGGUUAGUUUUUUCAGUCAUGGCACAAUCUACGGCCAGUGGAACGUCAUCUCGACGAUACAUGAGAGAACAUGACGUUAAUGUAUCUUCUUCCUCACGUUAUAUGGCUAAUGAAUGGGAAACUAAAGAGGCAUUGCCGCAAAGAGAAUUGGAGGAAGCUAGAGCACGUGCAGCGCAAAUGGAAAAAACUAUGAGAUGGUGGUCAGAUUGUACUGCCAAUUGGCGUGAAAAGUGGAGCAAAGUUAGAAACGAAAGGAACAUGGCUCGAGAAGAAGCCAAGGCUCUUAGAGCUAAAUUAGAAAUUGCUAUGAAGGAUGCUAAUACGUAUAAACAUGAAUCACAAGAAUUGGAAAUGAAAAAUGAACAGUUGAAAAAUGAAAUAGAAAAGAUACAUAUGUUAUUAUUGAAACAUGCAGGACAUUUCAAUCAGCAAAUAUUCUCGGUGUUGGAAUCCGAUUCACAAUUAAGGAGUACACUUGGUAUAGAUGAAUUGUUAGACUUUUACAAUAAUGUAGAGCAACAAGAAAAAGGGAGUCAAAAAGAAGCAUUAUCAUGCCAACGAUCGUUUGAGGAAUCAAAUGUUAAUAUGAGUAUUCAUACUGCUUUACCGGAUAGAGAUAUCGAAGAGUAUGUACUUCAAGGUGCAGUUCCAAAACAUGCAGUAGAAUUAUAUAAAGAAGGUUCUUUGAGUACAUUAGACAGAGAUAUUGCACAAUUAGCUGUAGAAUCAUCGGUAGAAAGUAAAGCAGAAAAACGUCAAUCUUCAAUAGAAAUGUACAAUGAGGAAGUAUUAGCGCAGAAACUAUCUAUGUUACAACUUAGGUUGGAUGAGGCAACUCAAACUAUUUAUGACGAAAAAGUAGAAAAGAAUUCAUUACACAAUGACAUGGAAAAAUUGAAAGUAGAAGUUACACAGUUACAAGAACAGUGCGAGGAACUUCAAAAAAGUAGAGAUGAAGCUAUAAGAGAACUUUUAGAAUUAAAAGAACGAUAUCAAGAUGAGCUUAGCAGCGCCCACAAUGAUUUGGUUGUUGAAACUUUAAGUAAAGAAGGAAUGGAUCAUAGAUUGUCAGAAUUAUGGACAAAAUUAGGAAAAUUACAAGCUGAAAAUGCAGCAGAAUGGGGUAAACGCGAACGUUUAGAGACUGAAAAAAUUUCAUUGGAGAGAGAAAAUAAGCAAUUACGAAUUGAAUUGCAUGACUUACAAGAAAGACUAGAAUCACGAAGAUCUCGUCCACUUUCCACUACGGAUACGGAAUUGGAUAGAAAACUCUUGCAACAAGAGCUUUUGGAUAGAAACAAGGAGUUAUCAGAUAUAAAACAUUCCCAAACAAAGUUGAAAAAACUGUUAGGUGAAAAAACAACAGAAUUAUCACACGCAAUGCGAAGAUUGGAGCAAUAUGAAGGAGAAGUUAAAAGAGUCAGAGGAAGAGUAGACGAACUUAAAAAAGAAUUAUCUUUAGCUCAAGACGAAGUAGAUGUUGCAACCAAUAGUGUACGUAAAUUACAGAGGGCCAAUGAAGAUCUUCUGGAACAAUUGCAGUCAGCUAAUGUACAAUUAGAACAUUUUAAAAACAGUUCUGAAACAAGCGGGGUGAACAGAUCCGUGGAAUCAUUAGAUAAUAAAUUAAACGACGAUGAAGAAUUAUCCGAUGACUAUGAAGUAAAUCAAGCCUAAUACACGAUCGCUACGGAAACAUAUUCACAUUUCGUUUAGUUAAGAAACUAAAUGGAGUUAACAAAUCGUUAGGAGGUAAAAGUAAUUUAUAUUUCUUAUAUUCCUGUGUAAUCUUAAGAGUCUACUGACAACAUUAUUUCAUUACCAACUUUGUAAAUGUAUAUACAUAGUAAUCAGCAAACUAGGUAUUUUACCCAAUCUUAUUCCUGUUAAUGUAUUUUUAAAA